AUGGAACCGCUUUCAAUGGAUGACUUUCAAGUCUGGAACAACCGUUUAUUACAUCUAUCUAUCUAUCUAUCUAUCUAUCUAUCUAUCUAUCUAUCUAAGUCUGUCCAUUAUUUAUCUAUCUAUCUAUCUAUCUAUCUAUCUAUCUAUCUAUCUAUCUAUCUAUCUGGCACAAUCUAUCUAUCUAUCUAUCUAUCUAUCUAUCUAUCUAUCUAUCUAUCUAUCUCAGUCUGUUCUGAUCUAUUUCAGUCUGUUAUGAUCUAUCUAUCUAUCUAUCUAUCUAUCUAUCUAUCUAUCUAUCUAUCUAUCUAUCUAUCUAUCUCAGUCUGUUCUGAUCUAUUUCAGUCUGUUAUGAUCUAUCUAUCUAUCUAUCUAUCUAUCUAUCUAUCUAUCUAUCUAUCUAUCUAUCUACUGCAUUCCUUGCUUUUUUACUUAUUUUUCUCUUUCUUCUUCUCUUCUUUCUUUACUCUCUUUAAAUUCCCUUCUUUUUUGCAAGCGUUUUUCUUUCUUUCUUUCUUUCUUUCUUUCUUUCUUUCUUUCUUUCUUUCUUUCUUUCUUUCAAUUCUUCUUCAAUUUUUAUUCCAACCUUAUUUUCUUCUUCUUCUUCUUCUUCUUCUUCUUCUUCUUCUUCUUUUACACAUCAUUCUUUUCUUUUCAAGCAUCCCUUUCUUUCUUCUUCCUUUUUGUUCCACCCUCAUUUCUUCUCUUUUUUUUAUUCUCCUUACAUUUCAUUUAUUUAUGAAUGCGUUUUUCUUUCUUUCUUUCUUCUUUCUUUCUUUCUUUCUUUCUUUCUUUCUUCUUCAAUUUUUAUUCCAACCUCAUUUUCUUCUUCUUCUUUUGUCCGGUUUUUAUUCUAUGUUUUCCGUACUGAUCGUAUACUUUUAUCCUUGA